GCAGGAUUGCCCUGGCUUGGGCCGAUCGAGGAGCCGGACACAGCGGAGCCCCAGUUGGUCGCCCGCAAAAAGUGGUCCCAGAAAGGUGCCGUCGCUUUGAAAUCAACAUUUUGGCAGGCCGACAUCUACCUUCCUGCCGUCUUACAGUGAAGAUGGGAAAACGACAUUUCGCACUCCAGUGAGGUGACUUCAUGCACUCUCUUGUCGAGAAACAAUGAGGAAUCUCAGCACAAGAGUCGCAUUUACCCCGUCUCUUAAGCAUCCGUAGACUGGAGCCAAAACGUUAUUAAUUGUACCUAGUCGUCCCCUCCUUCGCCGAACGUGGGGCUCUCCUCCAUCGCCUUCUAUACAAAUCCAUCGUCUCACGUUGGUGUUGCUUCUCACACCACCACUUCUAUACUGUCCUCAGUAUUGUCUUUGCUACCUCUUAGUGCCUGAAACCGAUGCCACCGUACACGGCCAGACAAAUCCUAAGUAUUUCUAGUCUAGCUUUAGCAGGUUUUGGAGGCGCAUACCUUUGGCAACAACGCCAACAACAUAGGAACUAUUUUCAGUCACAGUCAUCCCCGGCUGCUCCCAAAUCAUCAAUCCCGAAGAUAGCCGGCAACAUGGCUUCCAUCACAACCCCCUUCAAGACUCUCUUCGCCGUGCCCAUGCACUGCGAAAGCUGCGUGAACGACGUCUCCGGUGCACUCUACAAGCUCCCCGGAAUCAACAAAGUGGAGGCCAACCUGAAGGACCAGCUGCUCACGAUAGAAGGCACGGCCGCGCCUUCCGCCAUCGUCAACGCCAUCCAGUCCACGGGCCGUGACGCCAUCCUGCGCGGUUCCGGCGACUCUCAAGGCGCGGCCGUCAGCAUCCUCGAGACUUACCACAAGCCCACCCUAGACAAGAUCACGCCCGCCCCGGGAGCCUCGGACCGCAUGGUCCGCGGCCUGGCGCGCAUGGUGCAGGUGAACAACUCGACCACGCUCGUCGACCUCACGCUGCGCGGCAUCGCGCCGGGUACUUACCGCGCUACGAUCCGCGAGUUCGGCGAUCUUGCGCGGGGUGUCGAGUCGGCCGGCCCGGUGUGGUCCGGCACUGCUACGCUGACGGCCGACACCAAGGCGCAGAUCUCUGGAGACCCUAACGCCCCGCGCGGCGUAUUGGGAACGGUGGAGAUCAACAAGGACGGACGCGGGAGCGUGUUCCUCAGCCACCCGUUCCAGAUCUGGGAGGUGAUUGGGCACGCGUUCGCUGUUGCGCCGGUGUCGGUGGAUGAGAGCGCGGGAAGUACGUUGGAGAACGACGAGAAUACGGUGGUGGGCGUGAUUGCGAGGAGCGCGGGCGUGUGGGAUAACGAUAAGACGGUGUGCUCGUGCACGGGGAAGACGCUGUGGGAGGAGAGGAAGGAUGAGGUUGAGAAGGGGAUGCUGUGAUUACCAUGCGAGAUGUGUAUGGUGUGAUGAGGUCACUUUGCUAGAUGUACAAUAUGGGCAAUGGAUGGGUGGUUGCUAAGAGGCGGACCUGUGUAGAUAUUGGGAAUAUGCAUAGCGGUUCGGAAAGACCAAGCUAACACGUACGGGCAGGUAACUUGUAGGAUAUGGUGGAAAUAGUCAUAUUCUAUUGCGAUCAGAAGACACAGGGCUCAUAUAGGUAGAUGCCAAUGCGUGCAACUAUGAUAAAGCAGUUCGGUUUAAACUGAGGGUUAACUCCAUCACAGAUUUUCGAUUGAAAUGGAUGAAUGUAAGUCGGCGACCAUGUCUAUCACAUAAACUUCGUCGUAUCCAAACAUCAGAAGAUUUUUGCAGGACACCAGUUGAAGCCAACCUAUUGUAUAUCUUUCGGCA